AUGAACAAAGCGUUAUCGAAGAUAAUAGCUAUUAUACUGAGCGAGCCGAUAACUAUGCGGCAGGUUCUGCGAAGAGCUCUGGCCGUAUACGGCCUGGCAUCCAUUCUCUCUUUAGUCAAGCUGCGCCGCGCUAGCGCCGGAAUAAGGCGCGCGCUUGUGAUCGGGAUUUUCCAGAACGCUUCCUGGCUACUUGCACUGCUUAACGGGUAUCCUGUUGCUCGUAAGGUGCUGAAAAACAAGUUUCUUUCAUUCAACGCGGCCCUGGUGGCUGCGAUGCAGCUUAUGCUCCCUCCGUGGGUGAGCAGUUACGCACUCGUGGAAUCAAUAGUAGAUGCUGUCAGAAAUAUACAUGUAUCAAUCGCAGGAUCUGUACACUUCGACGACGUAACCUCUAACUCGGUAAGGCAAGCGGCUUUGUCACUACUGUUACCGUUGCUUUGGAAAACCCGCAAUGCCCGCGUCAAGAGCCUUCUCUUCGACCGCAAAUCGGUCGCGAGAGACUUUCUAGCUUUGUUUGCUUUGUGGAAUACGAUCUCAUUAUAUUCGUUCGUCAAGUCAUCUCUGUAUAAAAAAGAAGACAGGCAGAAACGCAGAGGCCCUGAUACCAAUAAGGACCGCGAAACCCACAACGCGCUGAAUUCCCGCGUCCUCAAAGACAAGUUUCGGGAAAUCAGUGAGCUAAGAACGUCUCGCGGAACCUGGGACAAAGUUAUUAGCUGUUGCUUUGGUGAGAACCUCACGAUCGCUGCAAAAUGGGCUAUCUGGAGGCAGCUUCUUUGGUUUUUGAUGCGUGUUGAGAAGAAACCUUGCUCGAACCUGCAACUAUCAUCUAUGCUAAUGUUGGGCUUCUACGUGCUUGAUAGCAGUUACAGUCGCAUGUUUGUAAGGCCAGGCGUGCUGCGCUACCUUGCAAGGGUACUGGUCGCCGACAAGCUUCAACACAGAGGCGAUUGGCAGAAAACCGCCCUGUGGGCAGGAUUCAAUUUGUCUCUCUGGAGUAAAAUACAGGAGGAAGGACAGAGACCUUAA